GUGACGUGAUAUCAAGCUGUCAAGGUGAAGGUGAACGUCCGACGACUCCGACGACUGACCGCGCCACGGAUUUGCGGUGUAUGAAAUUUCUUCUACUCAUUUCACUGGAUCGGAGGUAAACAAGACGAAAAUGGGCUUCAUAUUCAGUUUUAUUAAGAAAAUUAUAAAACUGGUUUUGAUUCUGGCUAUAUUUGUUGGAAUCAUCGUUUUGAUACCCAAUCUACCGCCAUACACCAAGUUUACAAGUAUUAAGCUUGCACCCGCUCAGGACAGAGUUGGUCCUUUAGCACCCAAUGGGGCUUUGAAUAAUGCUCAAAGAAUACAUGUGGACAAAGUUCUGGGGCCAGAGGCUUUCCAAGUAGCCAAUGGUGAAUUAUUCACUAGUUUGGCAACUGGAGAGAUUGUCAAGCUCUCACCUGGUGGCCAUGUUACUUAUGUGACCAAAGUUGGACAACCGUGCACUGGAUUGUCACAAGAACACAUUUGUGGAAGACCACUCGGAUUUCAAAUUGAUGCAGACAAAAAUACACUAUAUCUUGCUGACGCAUAUCAUGGUAUUUGGAAGACGGAUCUUAAGACUGACAAGAAGCAACUUCUGGUGUCCCCUCGAGUUGCGAUUAAUGGCCGCGUGCCCAGGUUCUUUAACCACAUUGCGUUGGCUAAAAAUGGAGACUUCUACUGGACUGACUCUAGCAGUGACUUCAGCAUAAAAGAUGGUGCCAUAUCUCUGCUUGCUGAUCCUUCUGGGAGACUUUUCUACUACAACGCAGCCAGGAAUGAAAGCAAGGUACUCCUCGACGACCUCUGGUUCGCCAAUGGCGUGGCCAUCUCCCCUGACAACCAGUUUGUGGUUGUGGCUGAGACCCACAGAUACAGGCUUGUGAAAUACGACAUUGACGGCCCCAAGAAAGGGAAGAGUGAGGUGUUUGUUGACGGCUUGCCAGGUGUCCCAGACAACGUACGCGCCCUCCCCGACGGCUCCGGCAUCCUAGUAGGCUUAUACACCGUGUUUGACGAUGAGCACCCUCUGCUGACGCGGUCCAUGGCCGAAGCCCCUGUAGUGAGGAAGUUCCUGGCGCGCCUGCAGACCCUCAUAGAGCUGCCGUUCGCGUACCUCAACACUGUCUACCCGCACUUCUUGUUCGAGGACGUCGAGUAUUUCAUCGGGCACUUCAAGAGCGUGUCCGGCAUAGUGCCUCCAAUGGCCGGUUUAGUACAAAUUGACUGGAACGGAAAAAUCGUCGCCUCCUACUUCAAUACUGACAAGACCUUGAGCCAGAUCAGUGACGCGAUCGUCUACAACAACAAACUGUACAUCGGCAGUCCUCAUGCCAACUACAUCGGUGUAGUACCUACCCCGCCGCUCUUGCAGAAGGCCUUCGGUGCCACGGCUAAACCCAAAGUAGAAGAGAAGAAAGAAGCUCCGAAAGUGGCUAAACCUGUAGAGGCCCCCAAACCUACUACCACUACCCCUAAACCCACUACUACUACCACACCUAAACCCACAACGACUACACCAAAGCCUACUACUACUACUACUCCUAAACCUACCACGACUACUCCUAAACCUACCACAACUACUCCUAAACCGACGCCCACACCAGCCAAAGCCGCGCCGCCCAAACAACCGGAACCCACUAAACCUGAAGUAAAGCCGACUACACCGAAACCGGCCACUCAGAAACCCGUUGAAACGAAAGCUAAGGUAGACAAACCGGCACCAAAACCCGCCGAAAACAAAGCUAAGAAGGAGAAGAGCGGAUCCGCUAAAGUACCUCACGAGAAAGCCACGCCCGAACAGAUCCCCAUCCAAGAAGAGAUUCCCUCGGACACGGCCAAGCCUAGUAAGGAAACGUUAAAGGUGAUAAAGAAGGGAGGUCCCACAGAAAUUCCCAACCCUCAUUUGUAAGUAGUCAUUUUAAAAAGGAGGUUAGUAAUUUAACUUUUAAGAUAUUCACCCACUUACCUAUCAGAGCUUGUAAGUAAACCGUGUGAAUGUGGCUGUGGGUCGAGGAAGUUGAAAUUACGCUCUUGCGAGUCCUCGUGAACAAAUUCGAUCAACUUUUUUUAUCUCAAUCAAAAUUAAGAGGGCCUAAUCUAUUCAGUAAUUAUUUCAAUGUUUCAAAAUAUCAUUCCAAAUGAUCUUUUCAUUUAACUUAAGUGUAUUCCUUUUUAGACUGAAGUUUUAUAUCUUGUCCAUUCCUUUAUUUAAUUAUAUUUAGUAUGGUAUUUUUAUUUUAUUUUCCUUAUUGGCAUAGCUACAAAUUAUUAUUAUUGUUGUAUUUGGUGGGACGAGUUUAUUAUCGAAGACAUUCGAUGAAAAUUUAUUUGAUUGUGAUCUUCCUAGAAGUGUUAUUUGUUAGAGUUGGUUGAUACCAAUACAUAUCAUACAUUGAUAUGUAUGAUAUGGUAACAGUUAUUGUAUUCGCACCGGUUUUAGUUCACGGUUAUGACUUCACAUUUUAUCCUUUUUUAAUUUAUGGAGUAAUGAGUAUUUUCAUAAUUUCCCCUUUAAUACCUUAUAGCAUCUAGGUAUUUCUAUGUUAUCCAACUUUCUCUUUAUUAAUGUCUCGAUUCAAAGUUUUUCUUAUUGCUAUUUUAAUCUUUCCACUUUAAAUGCCAUGGAAUUUAUGACAAACGAUGCAUCAGUCAGUUACCAGUUAACCAACAGUGCAAUAAGUACCUAUAGUGAGUAUUUUUUCGUCAAGACUUGCGUUACAACCAGAAAGUCAUUUAUUAGUUACAUACUAUUAUAACUGUUAUUAGUUUUUGUUGAGCAGUUUACAGUUUUUACUUUUUUUAAGGGUACAAAAAUUCUAAAUUACCGUUAUACCUUUUGCGUAUACAAAGAGACUGAAUUGUUCAGUUUAUAUCUGACAUGUGUAUCUCAAAGAUUUUGUAAUGAAGCAAUAUUUAUAUGUAUACUUAAGUACCUAAUAAAUAUGUUUUUAUUAAAA